UAAAAAGAUCGUUUUCUUCGAUUUUUCUCUCGCUCUCUCUGAUGUUUGGAGAGACUGAGCGCGGCAUUUGAUUUCUAAUAAGCGCCUACGUUAGCUACCGCCGGCUAGAACCUGCGCUCCCUGAGGGAGUAAUGAAGGUUUUGAUUGAUUGAUUGAUUCUCUCUGAUAAUUGAUUUGCUACGAGAGAUCUGUUGAAAGAAGUGAAAUCUAGGGUUAGGGAUUUGAUGAUUUGGCGGGGAUUCUAGGAAUCCAUCAAAUGGGUAAACAGAUCGGGUCAGAUCCUCAGACGGCAAAUUUUGGAGUUGGGAACAACUUCGUUUCAGUCAAUCUGAACAAGUCCUAUGGCCAACAACCAUCUAAACAUCCCUACCAUUCACAUUAUUCAGGUUCUUAUGGGGCAAACAGGGGACGAACCACUGCUGGCGGCAGAGGAGGGGGAGGAAUGGUGGUUCUUUCACGGCCUCGGAGCUCCCAGAAGGCUGCGUCCAAGCUAUCGGUUCCACCCCCCUUGAAUUUACCAUCCUUGAGAAAGGAGCAUGAGAGAUUUGAUUCGUUGGGCCCUGGUGGCAUGCCUGCCAGUGGAGGGAUGUCUGGGAAUGGGCCAAGGCCUACAUCGUCCGGGAUGGGAUGGGUGAAGCCCGUUACAGUUGCCUUGCAGGAGAAAGAAGGGUGCCAUGGUCAUCAUGUGAAUGCUGGGGUUGAUCGGGGUUUGAAUUUUGAUGAUGGCAUCAGUAGGGGAAAUCAUGGUGUUUAUGUCCCGCCUUCGGCUAGGCCAAGUGUGACAGGACCAACUGCCUCUGCGUCCGCUUUAGGUAAAGGUUUUCCUCCAUUGGAUAAAGCCACAGUUUUGCAGGGAGAGGAUUUUCCUUCAUUGCAGGCAGCCUUGCCUAUUGUUUCAGGGACUGAAAAGAAACAUAAGGAUAGUCUGAAUCAGAAACGGAAGCCAUUGGCAACUGAGGAGUUGUCUAAUGAGCAAUGGGAUGGUUCUCGUUCAAGUUCGGUUAUUGAUACACCUUCUCAAUUGCAGUCUGGAAGAAUUGCUGUUGGCAACAGAUUGAGUGAGAAUGGUAGUGAAGGACAUGGUGUAAAUGGUUCUCGUUUGUUAGAGCAAGGAAGGAAGGCCGAUGAUUAUUUUCCAGUGCCACUUCCAUUGGUUCACUUGAAUCCAAGAUCUGAUUGGGCUGACGAUGAACGUGAUACAGGUCAGGGUUUUACAGAUCGUGGAAGGGAUCAUGGGUAUCCAAAAAAUAAAGCCUACUGGGAUAGUGAUUUUGAUGUGCCAAGUGCUGGUGUGCUGCCACACAGACCAUCACAUAGUCUUUUUGACAAGAGGAGACAGAAUGGUAAUGAAACUGGACAAACUCCUUCCACUGAAAUCACAAAAGUGGACCCUGGUAGCAGAGAUGCUAAAAUACCAAGCAGAGAAGGGAAGGGAAAAAAUUCACGGAGAGCUUCUUCCCCUCUUCCUAAAGAGAAAAUUGGUUGUCAUGAAACUGCAAGUCACACAGAUACUUUUGGUUCAUGGCCUUCAAGUGUGAACAGAGAAAAGGAGAAUAAAUAUAUUUCAUCACCCUUAAGGGACAAUGCUGGGGAUGAUAUAGGACGGAGGGAUGCGGGUUAUAGAAGUGUAGGAAGACAUGCUUGGAACAAUGCAACUGAUUCAUUUAGUAGUAGAGUCUCUGAGUGGAAUGCAAGAGACCAUUAUGGCAAUGAACAGUACAAUAGAUACAAAGUUGAUGCUUUACAGGACAGCUCCUUAUCAAAAUCAUCUUUUUCUUAUGGUGGCAAAAGACUUCCUGUUAAUGACCCUAUACUAAACUUUGGUAGAGAGAAAAAGCCAUUGCCAAAAAAUGAAAGACGUUAUCUAGAAGAUCCUUUCAUGAAUGACUUCGGGGGUACUGGAUUUAAUGGACGGGACCCUUUUGCUGGAAACAUUGUUGGGGUCAUUAAGAGAAAGAUAGAUGUUUGUAAACCAACUGAUAUUUAUGACCCUGUCAGGGAAUCAUUUGAGGCUGAACUUGAGAGAGUGCAGAAUAUGCAGGAGCAGGAGAGAAAACGAAUUGUUGAACAACAAGAAAGAGCUUUGGAGCAAGCUCGUAGAGAAGAAGAGGAUAGACUGCAGUUGGCAAGGGAACAAGAAGAGCAGCGGAGGAGAUUAGAAGAAGAAGCUAGGGAAACAGCAUGGAGAGCUGAACAAGAGCAGUUGGAAGCCUUACGAAGUGUGGAAGAACAGAGAACAACCAGAGAAGAGGAAAAACGCAGGAUUCUUAUGGAGGAGGAAAGGAGGAAGCAAUCUGCUAAACAAAAACUUUUAGAGUUGGAGGAAAGGAUUGCCAAGAGGCAAGCUGAAGCAGGUAAGAGUGUUAGUAAUGUUUCUGCUGGUGCAGAUGCUUUCACUGGGCAAGAGACAGAAAAUGGUAGCCAUAGCCCCAGACAAGAUGGAUCUAUUAUGGGUAGGCCUUAUGGAGCAGCCCCAUACAUAUCUUCCAGGCCUUACUAUAAACCAGGGGCUCUAGAACCCCACAUUGAUGAUUUUGGCCAGCCAAAGGUUCAGAGUUGGAAUGUGUCUGCAGAUGGUGAUUGCUAUGGCAGAAAUACUGAGAUUGAAUCUGAAUAUCACGCGCAUCUAGCAGGGAAUUAUGGUGAUGUGACACAGGGGCAGCAUUGUCAUGGUCAUAUUUAUCCUCCUUACCUUGAAGGAUUUUAUAACAACAAUGAAGGCAAUGGGCUAUUUUCCUCUGGGAGGUCACGAUAUUCUGUGAGGCAGCCUCGUGUCUUGCCUACUCCGUCUUUGUCUUCAAUGCAGAAAACCUUGUAUAGAGGUGAGAAUGAGCAUCCUGGUUCCUCAACUUUCCUAGAAAAUGAGACCCAAUAUACUCAUACAAGAAGAGGUGGAUUUGCGAUGGAUGGAGUUUAUGAUAGUGGCCAUCAAGAUGAUCUUGGACAGCUUAGAAUUAUAGAUCCUCAAACUGAGAAUGCUGACAAUGAAGCUCAGAAAGUGGAUGACUCACAGUCUUCCCUAUCUGUUUCAAGUCCCCCGGAUUCCCCAACACAUAUUUCUCAUGAUGACUUGGAUGAAUUUGGAGAUUCUACAAUAUUUUCGGUUGAGGAGGGUAAAGAGGUCGAGUUGUCAGGGCAGGGGAUGGAACCCCUUACCACUGAAGCUGAGAAAGAAAAUGUUCAGAUUGCCUCAAAUUCUGUUUCAGUCAUUGAAGAUGACGAAUGGCCUAUUGAUAACAAUGACCAGUUGCUGGACCAAGAAGAAUAUGAUGAGGAUGAAGAUGGAUACGAGGAAGAAGAUGAAGUACAUGAAGAAGAUGAUGGCAGUAUUGACCUUACUCCAGAGUUCAAUGAAAUGCAUCUAGAGGAUAAUGAGUCACCUUACAUAAUGGACAACUUGGUGUUAGGGUUCAAUGAAGGGCUUGAGGUCGGCAUCACAAAUGAUGAGUUUGACAAAAGCUCAAGGCAGGAGGACUCUGCAUAUACAAUAACACAUAGUUCGUUUGAUGGGAUAAAUACGGAUACAAAAUCCCUGCAGACCAUGGGUUCUCCUUCCCAAGGUAGUUUAGAUAGUUCUAGACUCUUUGAGGAAACUAAAAAGCCAAUGCAGAAUCUGGUUUUUCAGCCUACUGCUGAUCCUCAAUCAAAAUGUGAGCUAAUGGGUAAUGUGGAUGCUACUGGUAGUUCCAGUGAGUUGGCUGAGCAUACUCUCCUCUAUUCUGCUGUAACGGCUUCCCCUUCAUCUUCUGGUCUGAGUGGCAUGCCUACAGAUUAUGUUCCUAAUCAGGCUGAAGAACCUGUAAAACUCCAAUUUGGGCUCUUUUCAGGCCCUCCUUUAAUACCAUCCCCAGUCCCAGCCAUACAGAUUGGUUCAAUGCCUCUUAAUUUGCAUCCUCAGGUUCAAGUUGGACAAUGCCCUGGCCAAAUGCACUCAUCACAGCCUCUGCUCUUUCAGUUUGGUCAGUUAAGGUAUACAUCUCCUAUUUCCCAUGGUGUGCUGCCGUUGGCUCCUCAAUCUGUGUCUUUUGUCUACCCAAAUGUUUCAGCUAAUUUGUCCCUCAACCAGAACCCUGGAGUUCCUGUUCAGCAGUCCGGUCAAGACACUUCUAUGCAUAAUAUAAUAAAAACUGAAGUUUUGUCUCUUCCGGAUAAUCAGUCAGGUCUUCCAAGGUCCUGGGAUAUAUCACAUGGGAAUGUGUUGAAAGAGGGAGGUUCUGUACCAGCCAGGGAAAGCAGAAAAAGGGUUGUGCCACAACAUGGCCUUGCAGAGAUGUUAAAUAUUGCUGAUAACACAAUUAGGUCCCGGUCAUGUUUCCUUUCAGAAGACCAGAGGCACCAGAAUUCAGUUAGUAGGAACCCCAAAGCAUUAUCCGGUAAGCAAGCAGAAGGUGACAAUGAAAAUGUUCUGGCAUCAUCUCAGUCAGUUCCAAAAGAGAAAUAUUUAAGUGGAUUAAGAGGCCAAACUUAUAGUAAUAGGGGAAAAAAGUUUGUCUUUAUGGUUAAAGGUCCAAGAUCUGCUUUUCUUGCUUCUGAGGCCUCUUGCCAAGAGUCUAGUGGAUAUCAAAGGAGGGCUCGACGUCCUCAGAAAGAGUUUGUAAGUAGGGAAAAUUCUGAUAAGAAGCCGUCUUCAGGAAUAGUUUCUUCAAACCAAAUGAGUCAAGUAGUGCAGGAUGAGAAGUCAAGUGCCAAUGGGUGUUCUGGUUUUUCUACAAGAAAAGGGGUGAGGAAAGUUGGGGUGAAUAAGCUGAAGCAGACUGUGCAAUCAGAAUGCUCCACUUCAGUUUUGGGCAGUUACCGGGAGAUAAAUUCUGGGAACAGGAAUGGAAAUGAAUUGGGAAAAGAAUCAUUGAUGUGUCAGAGUGUCCCAAACUCUGAAGGAAGUAACCUUAAGAGGAAUAUUGGAGAGGAUGUUGUUGCGCCUAUAGAAAGUGGCAUUGUACGUGUAUUUGAGCAACCUGGAAUAGAGGUAGCCAGUGACAAAGAUGACUUCAUUGAGGUCAGAUCAAAGAGGCAAAUGCUCAAUGACAGGCGUGAGCAGAGAGAAAAUGAAAUCAAAGCAAAGUCUUGGGUAGCAAAGCCACCAAGGAGACCUCGUUCAAUCCCAAAAAGGUCCGCUGUCUCAACCAAUUCCAAUAGAAGUUCCCCUUCAUCAAGGGGCAAAGAAAUGAAAAGUUUUUGCCCUGACUUCGUCACCACUGAGGGAUGUAAGCUGUCCAAUUAUGAACUAUCAGCAGGAUUUGUUGCAACUUUAGUAACCCAACCCUUGGUUCCCAUUGGCACUCCUGCCAUUAAAAGUGAUGCACAGACUGAUAUAAGAAUGCAGGCGCUGAAGUCACUCCAGACAAGUUCCCUUCCAACCACCUCUGGUAGUGGACUCAACCUAGUGUCAGCCUUCAUGUCUGAAAGCAAGAAUAAGGUUCUUGAUAAUGUUCAGACAUCAUUGGGUUCAUGGGGUAAUUCAUACCCCGAUCAACAGGUACUGAACCAGGUUCAACCUGAUGAUGCACUGAAGUCUGUUCAAGUUAAUACUUGUGCUCCUUCUGGAGAUCACACUAGCUCUGUUACUGAUCCAAGCAUGCCAUCUUUGUCCAUAUUUUUGAAGGACAAGUCAUUUCCUUCUGCUGCAAGUCCAAUAAGUUCUUUGCUUGCUGGGGAGAAAAUACAAUUUGGAGCUGUUACAUCUCCGACAGUUCUCCCUUCUGGAAAUCGGGUCAUUUCACAUGGGAUUGGCCCUCCAGGCUCAUCUCAAACAGAAAUUCAGAUCUCCCACAAUCGUUCUGCAGCCGAGAAUGAUUGCACCAUUUUCUUCGAGAGAAAGAAACACUCAAGUGAAUCUUGUGCUCGUUUGGAAGGUUGUGAUGCUGCAGCCAAAGCAGCUGCUUCUUCCGUUGCUGUUGCAGCCAUUACCAGUGCCGAGACUGUUGGGAAUGGAAAGAGUACCUGCACUGUUUCUGCUUCAGAUGAUAAAGGUUUUGGAGGUGCAGAAGUUGAUGUUAUCAGUGCAGGUGGUGCUAUUCGGCAAUUAGCAAGUCAAUCCAAGGCGGAGGAGUCUCUCAGUGUUUCUCUUCCUGCAGAUCUUUCCAUUGAGAACCCAGCAAUAUCUUUGUGGCCGCCUUUACCUAGUCCACAGAAUUCUUCAAGCCAGAUGAUUUCUCAUUUUCCUGGAGGCCUUCCUUCACAAUUCCCCUUCUAUGAAAUGAAUCCCAUGAUGGGGACUCCAAUCUAUGACUUUGGACCACAUGAAGAAUCUUCAUCUACCCAAUCGCAGUCCCAGAAAAGUAGCACGGCAGCUUCAGGUCCCUUAGGGACCUGGCAACAAUGCCAUUCUGGAGUAGAUUCAUUUUAUGGUCCUCCUACAGGAUUCACUGGCCAUUUUAUUUCCCCACCUGGUGGUAUCCCUGGGAUUCAAGGCCCACCACAUAUGUUUGUGUAUAACCAUUUUGCUCCUGUUGGACAGUUUGGACUAAGUUUCAUGGGUACAACCUAUAUCCCAUCUGGAAAGCAACCAGACUGGAAGCACAACCCUGAUUCUUCCUCAACCGGUGAAGGGUAUUUGAACAAUUCAAACACGGCAGCCUCACAGCAUAAUGCUAGCAACAUGCCAGCUCAAAUUGGGCAUCUUGCCGCUGGCCCUGUGUCGCCUCUUCCACCCAUGGCAUCUCAGCUUGCUAUGUUUGAUGUUUCUCCUUUCCAGUCAACUCCAGACAUGUCAGUUCAAGGUCGUUGGUCCCACGUUCAUGCUUCACCUCUGCAGCCUGCUGUGCCUUCCUUGUCAUUGCAGCAACAGGCGGAAGGUGUACUACCUUCUCAGUUCAGCCAGGGCCGUUCUAUUGACAAGUCAUUGGCUAGCAACAGAUUCCCCGAGUCUCAAACAUCAACACCUUCCGACAGCAAUCCGAAAUAUCCUGUGAAUUCCGAAUUAGGUUUCGUGGAACAAUCUAGCUCCACCAUUGCUGCAGCAGCUUCAGCACAUGGCUCAUCCCUCACCAAAAAUGCAGACAUUGGCAACACUGGUGUCCAAAACGUUGGUGGUAUUGAAAGUGGUUAUCAGAAGUCAAACUCUGGUGUCAAGACGCCAUCUUCCCCCCAAAAGAAUAUAACAUCUCAGAAUUACAGUCAUCAGAGAGGAAGUGGGGGAGUUUCACAAAAGAAUGACUCGGGUGAAUGGAGCCAUCGAAGAAUGGGUUUCCAAGGAAGGAACCAAUCCAUUGGUGGAGACAAGUACGUGAAGCUAAAGCAGAUUUAUGUGGCUAAACAAACUAGUAAUGGGACAUCAACAUGAUCAUGAUGAUAUAGGAAAACAAAUAAGCUUCUCGGACUAAAGCUGAAAGAGAUUGAACUGGUGGAGCGUUUCUUUUAACCAGGUGCAGCAUUUUUAGCACAAAUGCUGGGAUUAGUGUGGGAAUUUGACGUAAUGUAUGAUAUAGCUAAGCUGGGAAUAUUUGCUUUAUACUGGUUGAUAAAGAGCAGUUUUGGUUUUGAUUUAUAGCUAGAAAGAGAUUUGGGCAUUUAUUUGGCCUAUUGGGUUAAUCAUGUCACCUGGCAUUGGCCUAGUAAAGACGCAACCUUGUGUUUGUGUGAACUGGGUGGAUGGAUUGGUGGGGUUCAUCCACUCCUAUUGGCAAUAUGAGACUAUUUGGAGAA